AUGCCCGUGUGGUGGCUGUGGAAGAACUACCAAUAUGUGCUGGCCUUCUACUUUGCCAUACAGGAGAUCAAUAAGGACCCCCACCUGCUCCCGAACAUGACCCUGGGCUUCCAGUUGUACAACGCCAUUGCCAGCAACCAGUUCACUUUGUGGGGAGCCCUGCAUGGCCUGAGUGGAACGUUGCCCAUGUGCCCCAACUACAGCUGCCAGACACAGCACAACCCAGUUACUAUCAUUGCAGGGACCACGUCAGCAUUUUCUGAGGAAACACAGAUGCUUCUGGAGCUCUACAGAACCCCACAGCUCACCUAUGGCCCUUCGGAUCCCGUGCUGAGUGACAGGUCCCGCUUCCCCUCCCUGUACCAGAUGGCCACCCGUGAUGGCGCUCUGGCCCAGGGCAUCCUCGCCCUGCUGCUGCAUUUUGGUUGGACAUGGGUGGCAUUGUUUGUGUCCGAUGACAUGAGAGGAGAGUGGUUCCUGCAGGAGCUCAGUGGGGAGAUGUUCCUGAAAGGCGUCUGUGUGGCCUUGACCGUGAAGCUGCCUGGCAUGGGAAGGAUGUAUGCCCCUUCUGAUGUCACUUUCAUGAACAGUAUCCCAGCUUCGAAUGCAAGCGUGCACAUCCUCUAUGGGGACAUCCCCGGCCUCCAGCCCUUCCUGUGCACAGUGAAUCCCUCCCACUACCCAGAAGACUUCUAUUUCAGCAAACUCUGGCUUCACACAUUCCACUGCUCGCUGGAGGGCUCGCUGUGUGGAGAAAUCGGGGUCUGCCCACCCAACGCUUCCCUUGAGUUCCUGCCAGCCGACAUGGACAUGAGGACCUUGUCGGAUGCCAGCUACUCCAUCUACAAUGCUGUGCAUGCGGUGGCCCUCGCCCUCCACGAGCUGCUCCUGAGGCACGUGGAAAUGACAUCUUCAACAGCUGCAGACUGGCCUGUGCUGCUUCCCUGGCAGCUCCAUCCGUUUCUGAGGACACUCCAGUUUGUAAACAGCGCUGGCAGCCACAUAUCCCUGGAUGAAACCAGAAACCCUUCAGUCCAAUAUGACAUCCACAAUGUUGUGAGUUUCCCGACCGGUCUUGGACUGCUGGUUAAAAUGGGAGAGGUUUCCUCCACGAAUUCAGAGGAGCCAGUCCUGUUCAUGCAUGAGGAGUGGAUAGAAUGGCCCGUUGCAUUCGUCGAGGCUCCCCAGUCUGUGUGCAGCCAGAGUUGCUCUCCAGGAUUCAUGAGAAUUCCACAGGAACGAAGACCUGUCUGCUGCUUUAUCUGUGUCUUGUGCCAGGACGGAGGCGUUUCCAAUCAGACAGAUGCAGAGCAGUGCAUCCAGUGCGCAAAGCAUGAGUACCCAAACAGGGAGAGAACUCGUUGCCUCCCAAUGGUGACAUUCCUGGCCUUAGAGGAUUCCCUGGGGACAGUCCUGGUCUGUAUGGCUCUGGCCCUGUCCCUCAUCACAGCUGUGGUCUUGGGGAUCUUUGUGAAGCACCAAGACACACCCAUCGUCAAGGCCAAUAACCGCAACCUCAGCUACAUCCUGCUCAUCUCACUCCUCCUCUGCUUCCUCUGCUCCUUCCUCUUCAUUGGCCGUCCCAACACAGCCACCUGCCUCCUAAGACAAAUCACAUUUGCCCUGGUGUUCACAGUGGCUGUUUCUGCCGUGUUGGCCAAAACCAUCACUGUGGUUCUGGCCUUCAAGGCCAUGAAGCCUGGAAGGACCAUGAGGCGAUUGCUGGUGUCAGGAGCCCCAAAUGCUGUCAUUCCCAUCUGCUUCCUCAUCCAAUUGACUCUCUGUGCCAUCUGGCUGGCAACAUCUCCUCCCUUUGUGGACACAGAUGCACACUCUGAGCAUGGACACAUCAUCCUCUUGUGCAACGAGGGCUCCAUCACUGCCUUCUACUGUGUGCUGGGCUUCCUGGGCUCGUUGGCCCUGGGCACCUUCACUGUGGCUUUCCUUGCCAGGAAGCUGCCUGACACGUUCAAUGAAGCCAAGUUCCUGACAUUCAGCAUGCUGGUGUUCUGCAGUGUGUGGGUGACCUUCCUGCCUGUGUACCAGAGCACCAAGGGGAAGGUGAUGGUGGCCGUGGAGGUCUUCUCCAUCUUGGCCUCUGGUGCUGGUCUCCUGGGCUGCAUCUUUGUCCCCAAGUGCUACAUCAUUCUCAUAAAGCCUGAAAUGAAUUCUUUGCAAGUUUUAAAGACUGCAAGAGAUUCUAGGAGAAACAGGCUGACUGUCAUGUUAUCCAGCAAGCCCUUGUCACAAUGA